CAUUUAUAUGGUGGCCCGCUUAAUUAAUGGAUAAAGAUUGGACAUUUUUUUUAUUUUCGAUAAGCAUUUUGCCAAUGGAUUAAGCGAUAAAAUUUUAAUACAAACAGGACAGAAGAGAGGAUAUUUGCUUAAACCAUUUCAAGUAAAGUGAACAAUGUUAUAAUAUGGGAAUUUUGUUUUAAUGAACAACAAAAAUAGAUAUUUGGUACUCAUCGCCUUAUUCACGAAAUGGAGCGUAAAAUAAGACAUUAGGGUAAAUAACGCAUAGGGUAGUUCAGGUAACGAAGGGAGAUAUCGUAUAUAGACAAAUUGGAGAAUGAUAUACCAACGUAAAUUAUCAUUUAAUUUAAUCAUAUUGAUAUAAGGAACAAAAUAAGAAAACAUUUAAGCAACAAGGUAUUGAGCAGCACGGGAAAUGCAGUGAUGCAUGAUUAAAUGAUGCACGAGAACAUGACACAUACAGGACACAUACACACGGCUAACGGUCACAUGCCUCCUGGAGGGAUAACACAUGGUCACAUGGCGCACGGAAACAUGGAAAGCGGUCACAUGACUCCUCGAGGGAUAACACAUAAACACAUGACGCAUGAGAACAUGGAAAGCGGCCACAUGAUAAAUGGAGUGAUAAAACAUGGACAAGUGGCGCACGGGAACAUGGUUUUUAGCGCUUCAUACCAGAGAGAUUUCAUCUUAAAAGAUGUAAAGAUUUCCACUGUUGGCGGUAUAGUAGGAGCUAUGUUAGUCGUGAUUCUACUGGCAACCUUUCUCGAGGGAUUCAAACAUUGGCUUUACAUUCGACAGAGAAAUGGACCAGACCACACUCAAGUUAAAGGGAAAUCAAGACAAUUCACUUCCUUUUGGAACAACAUUGCUCGUAUUACUACUUCACUACAAAAGAUGUUAACGGUGACCGUCGGGUAUCUUUUAAUGCUGUGUGUCAUGACAAUGAACGUGUGGAUGCUGGUUUCUGCCGUACUUGGCGCUGGAAUAGGCUACUUACUCCUACGCCCUGCUGUAAGUGCAUGCUUUGCCAUGAGAAGGACCAAGCAUGAAUGCAAUGAAAUAAGGAAACGUGAGGAAAUGAGCUUGGUGAAACAUUGAAAGGAAACAGAUGUAAAAUACAUUGACAAAGAUGAAAUAUGGGGUUUUAACAGUGAAAUAACAACAGUGAAAAUAUCAAUUUGAUAUUUUCACUGCAAAAUAAGGAGAGAAAAUAUCAACUUUCAGAACUACUUUUAAAUUCCUUUGUUGUUACAUGUACGUGCCUUGAUCAAAACAGAACACUGGACUUCAGUAGAUUAUGUAACAAAAUGUUAAAAAACAAAUAAAGAAAUGUUUUAUAAAUUUAAAUAAAUAUAUAAUUGGAAAUUAACAACUUAUUUAUUACCGGUUAUCCCGUUUAUCAAACAUUUUACUGAUCUUUGAAGCUGAAUGUUCGAACAUUUGCUUUCAUACCAAACAAAUUUCAGACAAAAACAACUGUUCGAACAUUAAUGAAAUUUUAUAUCAUCGUUCAAAUGUAUUUUGAACUGUUAACCGUUGUAGUACGUAAAUGAGCUUCCUGGAGAAUUCACACAGCAAUUUACAGAUCGAUCCGAUAUUUUUUACCCUACCCACACCUCAAAAUGUGUCAACAAACUAGCGUGGCAUUUACUCUUUAUUUGGAAAACAAACAUUUUAAAGCGAAACAGACUGGUCUCUGACAAUAAGAUGACUGAAUAUUAACUUACUAUAAAAACACGCGUACAUGCAGUCUUAAACUAAGAAGAAUGGUUAAAAUCCAAUGAGUAUCCACAUUUCUUUUGCUAACACAUUUGACCUUCCAAAUUUUCAUUCUUUAAUUAGCGGCGUAGUAAUUUGGUUAUGUAUUCAUGCCCAUCUUAAAAUAAAAAGUGUUUUCAUUAUUUUUUGGAACAUAUGUGCACUAAUAAUACUUCAUUGUUAACUGUUCAUAAAGCUUUGCAAUAAAAAACGAGCGAAUAUUAAGCUAUAAGAAUUAAUAG